AUGGAUAAUAAAAACACUGGAAACUCCAAUAUAUCAGGCAAUCCACAUAAGAAACCUAGGAUUAAGCAAAAGGCGGUUCCCGUUAUUAAACAUACAAAAACAAGUCUUCGACGUUUGCUAAUUGCAAAUCCUUUGCUCGAACAUGAGGAAGCGGGCACGAACAGAAAAGUUAUUGAAGAUAAAUCGAAUAAUGUAAAUUCUGUGGAGAUUGUAAUAUCUGGAAAUGCACCUUUAAGACCUCGACCAACAGUAAAUAACAUAAAACCUGUAAAAGGUCCAGCUGACACGAAUUAUGCGCGCUCGCAAAUAAAAAAUAAACACUUGUUUCAUAGGAGAUCGCGUUCUCAUGAGACACAGAAAAAUUUAAAAAGUUUUUCUAAAAUAGUUCAGUCUCAUGAGGAUAUUGCUGCUCAAGGCAUUUCAAAUCCACCAGAUGUAGAAUAUGUCUUUAAAACACCAACAGCCUAUAAAAGACGCAGCAUAUUUACCCCUCAAACAGUAAAUAGUAAUUCCUCUAUGUGCUCAUCCACCCCGGCACCUAUGAAGAUUGAAUCAUUAGAGAUGAAACUUUUCGAAUGGCUUAAAAGGGCAAAUAGACCUUUAUCUGUUCAUCAUUUGAAAUGUUUUGGACUAAAACAUGAUAGAAAUGUCGCUGAAGUCAUCGCCAACAAGGAGAAUAUUGACACUUCAAUUCCCAGGUCAGAAAGUUAUGAGAACUUGUUUAAUAUCUCAUCACUUAACCAACCUAGACAAGUAAAAACUGAGAUGUUAGAGGUACAUAAUGUUGCUAAGGAGGCUUUAUCAGAACUGCACAACCUAAUUUGCGAAGGAUAUCCCAUAGAACAGUGUGUGGAGUGGCUACAAUUAAUGAAAAACAAGCACAACAGACUGGAUGAAGAACCAGAAUAUUGGGAAUGUCGAGCAGCAAUUGAGCAAUUUGCCGGUAACAUUAGUAGUGCUGUUGAAUGUUACAAGACCGCAAUUGUGCAGGGUGCAGAGGUCAAUAAUAUUGAUAAAUCUCUGGAUGAACUUCUUAAAAAAUUUAGUCUGUUAAAUAUAACUCCCACUAUCAGCAAAGAUGUGACUAACUCGAAGAGGCAGAAGAUUAUAUGUGACGCAAGAAAUAUUUUUAAAUCAACGAUAAUCCAGUUCGCUGUACAGGAGAGAAAAUUACGAAAAAACAAAAACAUACCUGACUCUAAAUUGGUGGUUACUCCAGUGAGAAGAAGUGCGAGAUUAUCAACGCAUGCUUCCAACUCCACUCAAAUGCCAAAAAUAUUUAAUUCCCUGAAAACUAUCUCGCCCCGAGAUUAUGAGUUUAAGAAAAAUGAAGCAAUAUGUUAAUUUGUUGUCAUAUGUUUGUUUUAAUCUUUGUAAUUAUAUGGUUCCAUUUUUUCAAAAAAAAUUGUUAGUGAUAAAAAUGGGCUAUAAAUUUGUCCAAUGAAUAAUCACUGUGGUUUUCUUUUUACACUUUGUGGGCACUGCUGCUGGGGCAGCAAAGCCAGUAAACUAAAUGCCUGUGAUUAAAUCGAUUAGUUAAAACCUAGCCCUUACCUGUUACCCUUUGGUUGUAAUUAAUUUUUUUAUGCCUCCGUAAAAACAAUUCCUGGCGGUGAACGGCGGCAAGACCUAAAUUUGAUUUUAUAUUUUCCUUAGAGAAAGGAUGGGGUUGCAUUCAGUCCAAAUUUCAAUUUAUUACGAUUAUAAAUAAGAGAUAUGCAUUUUUCAAAAUUGGUCAUCGAUUUUUUGGCCAAUUUUUCGGCCCAAGCGUCUCGGACUGCCUAUAAGUUAACAGCGAAUGAGUAGCUGAAUUUGGCCAAUUUGAAAAAUGUUCUACGAUUCGUUCACGAGACAGCCGUCAUCACAGGCGCAAAAUUCAAGCAAUCGACGGUAACUUCUUGACAAUAUACUAUUUAAAUUGAAAUAAAAGACCGCUUUGACGGCGGUCAAAAUUAUGUGCACCCUAAGACAUGCUCCUACAUAUUGUAAAUUUCCCUUUUACUUUAGCGAUUUCUUGGAAAUGUUGGUUAUUUCAGCGAUUCCA